AUGGUUGCUGUCCACCUCCUCGCGGGGGUCUCUAUCCUCCUCGGAGCGCAACAAGCGCUCGCGUUGGGCCAAAAGCAGUGUAUCACCUUCCCCCAAGAAGGCGGUCAUCCCCGCCCGCACCACCUCGAAACGGCCGAGCAGCAAGCGGUCUUUUCGCCCAUCGAACCUGCAUCGUACUCGAAUGACCUCCUCAUUGCUUCGACACGCCAAAAGUUCGCGCUUCCCCUCCUUCUCGACUCGAAGGAUGAUGACGCGAUUCAUCUUGCAGCAGCCUCGUUCGCGCGGGACGUCGAGAAGGUCACGGGUGUCCGACCUCACCUAUACAACAAUACCUUGCCAAAGGGUACCAAGCGGUGCAUCAUGGUCGGCUCGGCCGGGAGCGGUCUUGUCGGCGGGAUGGGACUGGAGCAUGUCGAGGAGAUGAAGGGGAAGUGGGAGGCGUUUGACGUCAGGGUGGUUGACAAGGCGCGGAACCUCGAGGAGGCUUUGGUCAUUUCCGGUUCGGACAGGCGCGGUGUCGUCUUCGGUCUCUACGAUCUCUCGGAGCAACUUGGCGUUUCCCCUUGGUACUGGUGGGACGACGUCUCGAUCCCCAAACGCUCCGCUAUCGCCUUUGACCGGUCCUCCGUUUGCGCCCACGGCGAGCCGACCGUCAAGUUCCGCGGUCUCUUCAUCAACGAUGAACUCCCGGUCAUGUGGAACUGGGCCAAGGACUUCUUCGGGAUCGACUAUCCCGAGAGCCCGUUCCAGGUUGGGCUGUACGAGCGGAUGUUCGAGACGGUUCUGAGGAUGAAGGGGAACUUUAUGUGGCCUGCUAUGUGGGUCAACAUGUUCGCCGUCGAUGGCCUCAACCCCCAGAAGAACGGCCUUCCCAAAGAACCCCUCGCUGGUCCGAAUCAGGCCCUUGCGCACCGUAUGGGCGUCGUCAUGGGUACAUCGCACCACGAGCCCAUGUCUCGCAACAAGCCCGAAUGGGAUCUUGAGGGUACAGGCGACUGGGACUGGCAGAAGAACGAGAAGAAGUUGACCGAGUGGUGGACUUAUGGCGCGGAGCGGGCAAAGGGACUGGACACAGUGUUUACAAUGGGGCUGAGGGGUGAUGGUGACGAGCCCUUGACUGGAGCUAGUAUUGAGCUAUUGGAAGAGGUCACUGGCAAACAGCAGGGCAUCUUGAAGAAGGUGUACGAUGGCGAGGCGGUUCCUCAGGCUUGGGCGCUCUACAAAGAGGUCCAAGGCUAUUAUCUGCAAGGCAUGAAGAUUCCCGACGAUGUGACGACCCUCUUCUCCGACGACAACUGGGGAAACAUCAUGGGUGUGCUGCCCUUCAACCACACCCACUCUGCUGGUGGCGGUAUCUACUACCAUGCCGACUACGUUGGUCGGCCGACCCAGUACAAGUGGAUCAACACCAUCAACCUGGCCAAGACCUGGGAACAGAUGCAAAUUGCCAACGCCUUCCGUACCAACAAUAUCUGGAUCCUCAACGUCGGCGACGUCAAGCAUCACGAGCUCCCCGCUGAGCACUUUAUGCACCUCGCGUACGACUUUGACGCCUGGCCGAUCAACUCGGUGACCAAGUUUUUGAGGCUUUGGGCUGCGAGGGAGUUUGGAGGGGAGCACAGCCACGAGAUUGCGGACAUCAUGGGCCACUACUCGCAAAUCACUGCCUCGCUCAAGCCGGAGCUGUACAAUGUCUCAUCUUGGUCCAUUAUCAAUUACGAAGAGGCCGAGCGAGUCCAGGGUACAUGGGACGACCUGUUUACACGAGCGGAGAAGGUGUACCACAGCCUCGAGAAGGCUCGUCGGGUCGCCUUCUUCGAGGUCGUCUAUGCGCCCGUUGCGCUUAUCACCCAUGCCAACCGGAUGUACAUUGCCGCCGGUCGGAAUAACCUGUACGCGUACCAAGGUCGGACUUCCGCCAACCGCAUGGCCGAGCGCGCCAUCAAGGAGUUUCAGCAGGACCACAACUUGACUGAGGUCUACCACACCAUGCUGCACGGAAAGUGGAACCACAUUUUGAGCCAGCCUCAUCUCAACAUGGACCCCCACUACAUCCUCCACAAACCUCGCAACACCGUCCCCCCUCUCUCCUUCAUCCAGGAGAACGAGCCAUCCCUUCCUCGUUGGGACGGCACCAAGCCUGCUCAACCGGCAUACGUCCGCUAUUCGGUCGAGAGCAGCAUGGGCGCCUGGCCAGGUCACGGGUUCUACAAUUGCCCCAAGCACUUUGACUGCCGCGACCCACAGCUCUACCGCAUGGACCCGUACGGCGCGUCUCGACGCUGGGUGGACGUCUCGGCAGCCGGACCAAAAGAUACCACUUGGCUCGCUACUCCCUCGGCUGAUUGGCUCGUCGUCCACCCCGCCCACGGCAAGAUCAAGAAGGACGGCUCGGCCGACCAGCGCGUCUAUGUCUCGAUCGACUGGAGCAAGGUUCCCAGCGCCGGCGAGGGGAACCAUACGCACUGGGACAAUGCCACCGUCCACUUUGCCGCGUCGGACGGGUCAAACGCCACGGUCUCCACCCCCAUCUCCAAGCCCAAUCCCCCUCCGUCCGACUUCAAGGGUCACGUCCAGGGAGACGGUUACGUCGCUAUCGAGGCAGCUCACUGGACGCGUGACUCCUCGGUCGACGGCCACAAGUUCCACGAGAUCGAGUGGUACGGCCGCUCUCUCUCCGGCAUUGAGAUGUACCCUUCGUCGGACGUCAACUUUACGGUCGGGACCGGACCCUCGGCGCAAUACGACAUCUGGACCACCGGGACCGGUCAGAACACCGUCGAGAUCACCGUCCAGCUCGGCCCGGCCUUCAACUUCCAGCUCGGCAAGGAGCUCGCGUUCGGCCUUGGCUUUGACGGCGAUAACAGGGAGAUCCACCCCAUUCCUCCCGUCGGAACUCAGCCGGAUGCGGGAUCGGUACCGGAGGAUUGGGAGGAGGUCACCCGGACCGAGGUCAGGAAUGUCACUCAGACUUUUGAUCUGAAGGAUGGGGACAGGCCGGGAAGGCACACGGUCAGCCUCUUUGGGAUGACGAGCGGGUUGGUGGUGGAGCGGAUCUGGGUGGACAUGGGUGGGAUCAAGCAGAGGGGGUACAGCUAUCUCGGCCCGCCCGAGAGUCACCGGUUCGUCUGA